AUGAAGGCUGCAACGGAGGAGGGGAACAGACGAUGGGGCGCGCCAGCCCCGAAACCCGAACCUCGGGCUGUGAUUCCCGUCAUCAAACAAGUCGUGGAGUUUCUAGAGACUCUGGAUGUGGUGUCCAGAGUUGCAAGCCCCGAGGAGACUCUCGGUUCGGCUGAGGAAAAGUUGCCAUUGUCUCUUGGAAGUUGCAGUCCAGGCGAGAUUUGCUACAUGAUCAGAAUCAACAACAUCUUCUCUUUCUCCCACAUCUUCUUGCUAUGGACAAUAGUUGAGCAGGAACAUGGAGCUCCUCAUGGGCUCUUGGGCUGUCAUUCUCACGCAGCUCGACCCAACUCGACUCAGCAAUCUCCACAAACCCCAAGCGUCCUGGCUCGCGUCCCCAAGUUCCAACGUCGGACCGACCACGCCAUUCCCAGACCACCUGCGGGCGACCUGCAUAGGUAUUGGACAAUGAGACGCCGUCCACAUUUGGGAACCCCGAACGCGUGGGAAUCCAGCCGUCCCCGAUCCCUUCCUUGUUGUCGGUCUUUGACUUGGGUCUAUCCAGUCUCCAAAAUGACAAUGAUCUGUCUAGGACUCCAGAUUCCAGAGCCUAGAGGUGUUCACUCUUCAACGAACAACUGCCCCUCCUCGUCGUCACCCCUCCGCUCUUCCGUCGAUUCUCCGCCCUGGGUAGCCCUGACCGGUGACAGGACCUCAGUGACAGGCCACCGCCGCCGCCGCCGCCAACCAGCGGACAGCCAGCCAGUCGCCGUAAUGCGGGACACAUUGAUUUUACACGUGAAUUGCACCUUAUCUCUGAGCUCCCGCGUCAUGGCACCGGCAUCGAACCAUUUUCCCCUCCUCCACCCAUGCGAAAAAGUCUCCAUGUCCCCAUCGUACAGAGACAACGGGGACCAAACCUUUUGGGGUAUGUGUUUGCAAUUUCGUCUCUUGUGCUCAAAACCGUUUCUUGGCGGCGGCAACUUUCAUAUCUGCUGUAAGGAACAUUGUCAGAACUGCAGCAUCGCAAACCCGGGCAAUAAGCUCUCGAGGUCUGCCAAGACACAUUUUCGUCCGACCUUUUGUGCGAGCGAAACCGAGCUCCAGUGGUCACCCUUGAACUUCCCCAGACUUCUGGCACAAGCCCAAGAUCUGGAGAUUAGACUUUUUUGCGACUCUGCAGUGCCUCUCCUGCUCUCCCUGGACUCCGAUGGCACUCGGCCGCCAGUGACAACAACUGCCGCGGUGUCCGGCGGCGUCCCGCGGUGCGGCGGUCGCGCCGGGGAACGGUUCGCGAGGACAAAAUGUCACAUCCGGGGGAACCGGCGAUACGCGAUACUUUGGGGAAAACUGAGUGAACAAGACGAAGAAGGCAACUGUUCAGCAAGGAAUACGCAGUCCUCCUCCAUGCUUCCCGAUCCCGGCCCAUCCACACCGCAACACCCACGAAACCUCUUCACGCCCAAAAGGGACAGGACUCGCAGUGUAGGAGAGUCUCUUCGACGGAGAUGGGCGCUCUGCAUCGAACGAUCCUGCGGGCGACCGGGACAUGAUCUUGAACCAGCCAGUGGGCACGAAACCGCGACCGAGACACAACUUCUUCGCUUCACUUCAGGCAGAGCACGCGAGCAACAGAAAGAGAGGGUGUCCUCGUCAAUGAGACUUGGUCUCGCUGAUGUGCGAGCUCUCUGCCGGUCGUCACACCUGUACGGAGUACAUCUGCCUCCCCCGGGCAGUUUUUGCCCAACACGGCAAACCCUUCCCACCGGAUCUAAGCAAGCCCACCUCCAACUUAAGUCCAGCAAGCCGGACAAACCACAGCGAGGCCAGGAGUGA